AUGCCCUUCAAGGUGGAAAUGGGCGGCAUAAAAUUGCGUCUUGACUUUAACCUGACAAACCCCGCCCCCACCACCUUAAGCACACGGCAGGCGGCUGGCGAAAAGUGCAAGACGGACUGA